AUGCACGAUGUGAUCCGGAAGGUGAAGAAGAAGGGUGAGUGGAAGGUGCUGGUGGUGGACCAGCUCAGCAUGCGCAUGCUCUCCUCCUGCUGCAAGAUGACCGACAUCAUGACGGAGGGCAUCACAAUUGUGGAGGACAUCAACAAGCGCCGGGAGCCCCUGCCCAGCCUGGAGGCCGUUUAUCUCAUCACCCCCUCCGAGAAGUCCAUCCACUCCCUCAUCAAUGACUUCAAGGAUCCCCCCACCUCCAAGUACCGAGCUGCCCACGUCUUCUUCACUGACUCCUGCCCUGACGCCCUCUUCAAUGAGCUGGUGAAAUCCCGUGCUGCCAAGGUCAUCAAAACCCUGACAGAGAUCAACAUUGCCUUCCUCCCCUCCGAGUCCCAGGUUUACUCCCUGGAUUCAGCCGACUCCUUCCAAAGCUUUUACAGCCCCCACAAGGCCCAGAUGAAGAACCCGAUCCUGGAGCGCCUGGCGGAGCAGAUUGCCACGCUGUGUGCCACCCUGAAGGAGUACCCAGCCGUGCGGUACCGCGGGGAUUACAAGGACAAUGCCAUGUUGGCACAGCUCAUCCAGGACAAGCUGGAUGCCUACAAGGCUGACGACCCCACCAUGGGUGAGGGUCCGGACAAGGCUCGUUCCCAGCUCCUGAUCCUGGACAGGGGCUUCGACCCUGCCUCCCCAGUGCUGCACGAGCUGACCUUCCAGGCCAUGAGCUACGACCUGCUGCCCAUCGAGAAUGAUGUCUACAAGUACGAGACGAGCGGCAUCGGGGAAGCCCGGAUUAAGGAGGUUCUCCUGGAUGAGGACGACGACCUGUGGGUCACCUUGCGCCACAAACACAUCGCCGAGGUGUCCCAGGAGGUGACCCGGUCCCUGAAGGAGUUUUCUUCAAGCAAGAGGAUGAACACGGGUGAUAAGACCACCAUGAGGGACCUGUCCCAGAUGCUGAAGAAGAUGCCUCAGUACCAGAAGGAGCUCAGCAAGUACUCCACCCACCUGCACCUGGCUGAGGACUGCAUGAAGCACUACCAGGGCACGGUGGACAAGCUCUGCAGAGUUGAACAGGACUUGGCCAUGGGCACUGAUGCUGAAGGUGAGAAGAUCAAGGACCCCAUGAGGGCCAUCGUCCCCAUCCUGCUGGAUGGGAACGUCAGUACCUAUGACAAGAUCCGCAUCAUCUUGCUCUACAUCUUCCUGAAGAACGGGAUCACUGAGGAGAACCUGAACAAGCUGAUCCAGCACGCCCAGAUCCCAGCCGAGGACAGCGAGAUCAUCACCAACAUGGCCCACCUUGGGGUGCCCAUCAUCACAGACUCCACCCUGCGGCGCCGGAGCAAGCCGGAGCGGAAGGAGCGGAUCAGUGAGCAGACCUACCAGCUCUCCCGGUGGACACCCGUGAUUAAGGACAUCAUGGAGGAUGCCAUCGAUGACAAGCUGGACACCAAGCACUACCCGUACAUCUCCACCCGCUCCUCCGCCUCCUUCAGCACCACUGCCGUCAGUGCCCGCUACGGCCACUGGCACAAGAACAAGGCCCCCGGUGAGUACCGAAGCGGCCCCCGCCUCAUCAUCUUCAUCCUGGGAGGGGUCAGCAUGAACGAGAUGCGCUGCGCCUACGAGGUGACACAAGCCAGUGGCAAGUGGGAAGUGCUAAUAGGUUCUACUCACAUUCUCACUCCCACCAAAUUUCUCAUGGACCUGAGGCACCCCGACUUCAGGGACUCCACUAGGGUAUCAUUUGAGGAUCAGGCUCCAGCAAUGGAGUGAGCCAGAGACACCAAGUAAAGGCAGCUCACUAACGAA